AUGGUCAAUUGGCAAAGCACGGACGCCGAGGUUCGUCUGAUGGCAUCGGUGUUUGCUGCGGAGCCGGGCUUCAGAGUAUGCUUUUCCCUACGUCGAAUCUACAACGCAUCAUCUGAUGAUAACAAUAUCAUACAGCCAGAUAUCAAAACAAUAGCCAUUCUCUAUGGUCGAGGGGCAACAGAGCACGCGAUCAACCACCAGCUUCAAAAGGUCCGCAAACUGGCCAAAUCCCUCACAGAAGAAGCACGCAAAAAUGGAAGUCAGCUUCCACGAGGGAUCCCUCAAACGCCCCGCAUGUUUCGAACACCUCGCACACCACGAACCAGGUCUACUGGGAAGUCCAAUGCCAGUCUGUCAAAAAGCAAGCUUCUCGACACCCCGUGCAAGACGGGCAAGCCAGUAUUGAAACAUGGGAAUUCAGUAGUUGAUCCCAUUACCGUGGAAAGUGACGACGAGAGCGACAGCGACGGGAGAUCUACCAAGAGCGUACCCGCAGACGACCAGGUCAAAAAAGAAGAAGAUGAAGACGAUAAAAAGGUUCGAGCUUUCACACCCGUGGUACCAUUCAGGGGUUUUGGCCAGGCCUUCUUGAGUGGCGACUCUGGCCCGGUCCGUGUUAGCAGUCAGACAAACGGUUAUGUUGAUACUCCCAAGAAGCCGGCACAGACUCCUGCCAGUGGAUACAGCUACGACAUGAUUGCCGAUUACAUGUGA